CGGAGCCGCGGCCGGAGGCCGUGGUGUCCCGAGCGCGGCUCAGGGGCCGGAGUGGCCGUCGCGGAGCAAGGCUGCCUCCAGACAGCGCUCGGGCACAGAAGGGUUAAGGCCGCCGGGGCCGCGCGGAGCAGAGCGUGCCCUCUCAGCGCCCAGAUGCGGGAGUAGUGUGUUUACUCCCGGUCCUCUGUCCCCUGCCCCGGGCAUCCAGGGAGGAGCGAUGGAGAAGUGGGCGGGCAGGCCCCGGUUAUGUCUGAUGCUGCUUCUGUCCCUCCCGGAGCUCUGCCUGGAGCAGGAGAUAUCGUCUGGACGCUCUCUUCAGACACCCUCGGAGGAGGGUCAGGGGCCUGAGGGUGUCUGGGGUCCUUGGGACCCGUGGACCUCUUGCUCCCAGCCCUGUGGAGUCGGGGUGCAGCGCAGGAGCCGAACUUGUCAGCUCCCUACAGCUCAACUGCACCAGGGCCUACCCUUCCCACCCCGGCCCCCAAGACAUCCUGAGGCUCUGCUCCCCAGGGGUCAGAGCCCCAGACCCCAGCCUUCCCGAGAAACCCUCCCCCUGUACAAGCCACAGCCUCGGGGAGCUGGUGGCCCACGCCGAGGCCCUGCUGCCCAAUCAGGGAGAGCUGAGGCCGCCGAGAUUCCAGGCGCUCGGAGGUCCCGGGUUCGAGACCCCAUCAAGCCAGGAAUGUUUGGUUAUGGGAGAGUGCCCUUUGCUUUGCCGCUGCAUCGGAAUGGCCUGCACCCUCGGAGGCUGCCCCGAUCUGAGCUCUCCCAGACCUCAGAUCUUCCAUCCCUGACUCCAAGAACAGAACCAUCCUCUACAAACCACACAACUCAGACUCAGCUCCUUCCUAAGGAACUGUCUACCCGCCCCCCAUCCUCCCUUGCAGAACCCCCAAACCCUGAAACUGCUCAGACAGAGGUGCCCUCCAGAACCAGGCCUGCCCCCACGCGGCCCCACUCCAGAGCCCAGGGCUCUGGCACAGAGCCCCCCUCAUCCAUUUCCUCCCUGGGAGAAAGUAGCUCCUUCCACGUGUCCCCUCAGCCAAGAAUACCAAAUGCCCAGGGUUGGGCCAGUCUCCGGGGGGCCGAGAGACACCCUAAUCCCUUCCUUUCUGUCCCUCGGGGCAGAGGCCACCAGAGCCAGGAGCACUGGAGACCCGGGGGGAAUCUUCACAGGCCCGUCAUGGAGUCUGCUCCCCAUUACCCAGAUGGCUGGUUGCCUCUGCUGAGUGAUGGUCCCCACUCCAGUUCCCUCUGGAGUCUUUUUGCUCCCAGUAGCCCUGUCCCAAGAUGUUCUGGGGAGAGUGAGCAGCUGAGAGCCUGCAGCCAAGCGCCCUGUCCCCCUGAGCAGCCAGACCCCCGGGCCCUGCAGUGUGCAGCCUUUGACUCCCAGGAGUUCAUGGGCCAGCUGUACCAGUGGGAGCCCUUCACAGAAGUUCAGGGCUCCCAACGCUGUGAACUGAACUGCCGUCCACGUGGCUUCCGCUUCUAUGUCCGUCACACGGAGAAGGUCCAAGAUGGGACCCUGUGUCAGCCUGGAGCCCUAGACAUCUGUGUGGCUGGACGUUGUCUGAGCCCUGGUUGUGAUGGGAUCCUCGGCUCCGGCAGGCGUCCAGAUGGCUGUGGGGUCUGUGGAGGUGAUGAUUCCACCUGCCGCCUAAUCUCAGGGAACCUCACUGACCGGGGGGGCCCUCUGGGCUAUCAGAAGAUCCUGUUGAUUCCUGCCGGCGCCUCCCAGCUCCGGAUUGCCCAGCUCCAGCCCAGCUCCAACUACCUUGCCCUUCGAGGCCCUGGGGGCCAGUCCAUCAUCAACGGAAACUGGGCUGUGGAUCCCCCUGGGUCCUACACGGCCAGUGGGACUGUCUUCCUGUACAACCGUCCUUCUCGAGAGGAGGGCAAGGGGGAGAGUCUGUCAGCCCAAGGCCCCACGACCCAGCCUGUGGAUGUCUACGUGAUCUUUCAGGAGGAAAACCCAGGCAUUUUUUACCAGUACAUCGUCUCUUUGCCUCCUGCAAACCCUGAGAGCACCACCCCAGAGCCCCCCAGCCCCCAGCUGCAGCCAGAGAUCCUGAGGGUGGAGCCCCCACCCAUGUCAGUGCCCCGGCCGGCCCGGACCCCAGGCACCCUCCAGCGCCAGGUGCGGAUCCCCCAGGUGCGCCCUCCUCCGCUGCCCAGGACACCCCUGGGGUCUCAGACUGGGUACUGGAAGCGAAUGGGACACUCAGAGUGCUCGGCCUCUUGUGGAAAAGGUGUUUGGCGCCCCAUUUUCCUCUGCAUUUCUCGUGAGUCAGGGGAGGAACUGGACGAACACAGCUGUGCCAUGGGUGCCAGGCCCCCGACCCCCCUGGAGCCCUGCCAUGGUCCCCCAUGCCCGCCCUACUGGGAGGCUGGUGAGUGGACGUCCUGUAGCCGCUCCUGUGGCCCCGGCACCCAGCAUCGCCAGCUGCGCUGCCGGCAAGAAUUUGGUGGGGGUGGCUCCUCUGUGCCUCUAGAGCGCUGUGCACAUCUCCCUCGGCCCAAUGUCACCCAGACCUGUCAACUGCGCCUCUGUGGCCACUGGGAAGUUCGCUCCCCCUGGAGCCAGUGCUCAGUGCGGUGCGGGCGGGGCCAGAGGAGCCGGCAAGUUCGCUGCGUGGGAAACAACGGCCAUGAAGUGAGCGAGACGGAGUGUGCGUCAGGCCCUCCGCGGCCCCCCAGCAGAGAGGCCUGUGACAUGGGGCCCUGUACCACAGCUUGGUUCCACAGCGACUGGAGCUCCAAGUGCUCAGCCAAUUGUGGGACUGGAAUCCAGCGACGGUCUGUGGUCUGCCUUGGGAGUGGGGAGACCCAGGGGCUGGGCCAGGAGGAAGCAGGGGCAGGGCCCAGCAAGCAGAGCUGUGCACCGGGAAGCCGUCCCCCAGACAUGCGUGCCUGUAGCUUGGGACCCUGUGAGAUGACGUGGUGCUGGUACACGGGGCCCUGGGCCGAGUGCUCCUCAGAAUGCGGUUCUGGCACGCAGCGUAGAGACAUCAUUUGUGUGUCCAAACUGGGAACUGAGUUCAACGUGACUUCCCCCAGCAACUGUUCCCACCUGCCCAGGCCCCCUGCCCUGCAGCCCUGUCAGGGGCAGGACUGCCAGGACCGAUGGUUUUCUACUCCUUGGAGUCCGUGUUCUCGCUCCUGCCAGGGCGGUAUUCAGACCAGGGAGGUCCAGUGCCUGACCGCCAACCAGACUGUCAGCAUCCGAUGCCCUCCUCACCUUCGGCCCUCCAGGAAACGACCUUGUAACAGCCAACCGUGCAACCAGCGCCCCGAUGAUCAAUGCAAGGACAGCUCUCCACAUUGCCCCCUGGUGGUACAGGCCCGUCUCUGCGUCUAUCCCUACUACACAGCCACCUGUUGCCGCUCUUGCGCCCAGGUCCCGGAGCGUUCUCCCUCAGAGCCUGCCUGAGAUGGGUCCGAGAGACCCUCUCCUCAUGGUUUCCUCAUGCUACCCUCAGUCACCUGCCCAUCAACCCAUGCCAUACCCUCUGGCUCUCAUCAGGGAUGUCCCCGAGUGUGGCUGAAGGUGGUAAGAUGACUAUCAGGAUGUGUGGCUGGGUCUGUGUGUGGUGUGAUGGUUAUGUGUGCACAUAUGCCUCAAAUGUGUAUCGAGGGCCUGCAUGGAUCCAUGUGCUCAUACACAUAUAUUACUUCUCAAAGAAAGAAGUUAAACAUUAAGACUGAAGAGGAGUGGGGAGGAGACAAUGCCUGUUUCCCUGAGACUUUUCUAGGCUAAGAGGAAAGCAAGUUUGCAGCUUCUUAGUAAUCCAAACUGCCCAGCAACUGGCCUCCCCAUCAACCUCAACUCUGUGCCCUAAACUUAUGUUCAGACCUCACAUCUUCUAAACUGUCCAUCUGACCCUCUGGCCCCUUCUCCCCGUUCUUAGGCUAUCCCUACCUCUCACAAUCAGCUUGGGAUGGGGGUCAGCCAUUGCCAAUCCUGCCUUACCCCAGGAAGAGACCACCUACCCAGAGCAGGGAACAGCUGGGCAGAGGAUGGGGAAAAAAAAGGAAAAUUAGAACAAGAUACCCUAGCCCCUGUUCCAGCUCCCCACUUCCUAAAAUGGUUCCCACCUCAGAACUAAUUUAUUUUUUAUUAAAGAUUAUGACAAAUGAGA